AUUAGCAGCACCAACCGCUGCUGAACUGAGUCAGUUAGAACUUAUCAAGUCAAGAUAUAAACUCAAUAAACUAGUUACACAUUACAUGCACCAUAACCCUCGGGCGAAUUGUGCAAUGAAACUUCUGAGCCAAAAGAAGCCGUGCGAAUGACCUGCUGUAGAGCUAUAAAUAUACCGACAGCCUCAGACAGAAGUCCUGAGGAACGUCGACUCUGUUUCUGUGUGUUGGGUUUGAGACAGUGCGCAAGGAUGGACAAAGUGUUGGCUAUAAACACCCCAGCAACAGAGCAAGACUGCCCCAUCUGCUUUAACAAGUUCGAUUCUUUCAUUCGAAAACCCAAGCUCUUGGCUUGCCAGCACUGUUUCUGUGCAAUCUGCCUGAAGAUCAUGGUGUCAGUCAAGGAUGGCUCCUGGGUCGUUACUUGCCCUCUCUGCAGACGCUCCACGCUGGUGAUGGAGGCACUCAUCAGCAAUCUUCCGGAUAAUCCACGCCUGAUGGAAGUCCUGUCCAGGAGGAUGUCCGCCUUCCCUGAAUCUGUGCCCGAGGUGGUGCUGUCUCCACACCUCCUGCUGCAGACCCACACAAGCACUUGUACUCUGGUCAGCCAGAGCGCCAGUCACCCAGAGAACGAGAACGAGCAAUUUCGGAAUCGGGUAGCCGUAUCGGCCAUCAAACGCUUUCUGCUGACUAUGCUCUUCUUCUUGAUCCUUAUAUUUGCACUGCAGUAUUUUUUCAAAAACUCGGCCCUGACCUGGAUUCUGAUCGUCCUGAUUGUUCUCUGUGCGUUGGCGGGGCUGUUACUUCUGUAUUUGGGUUGUCAGGGAGACAGGAGCAGGCCAUUCACAGCAUAUUGCAACUGUCUGCCCUGAACGUCUCAUCAAAUGUAACAGCUUCAUUGCUAACAAUGUAACAGUUGGAAAGUAACACAUGGGUGCUUUAAGAGAUACCUUAAUGCAGCAACAAAUAGCAGUUUCAUUGCGGACAAACACGACUGGAAACUGGGCCUGAAGUUCAAUGUAAUUUUGAGCUAUAUGUGAAGAUUAUUAUUUGAACCAACUAGUAUUAUGUUGUCAGCCUGUUAGUUUUAUUUGUGAACCCCACUAUUCAAGCGGGUGUAAUGUGCCUUUCGUUGAUCUGCUGGGGCUUGCCAGUCGCUUGUCUCAGCAAAAUGGGACAAGGAGAGUGUGUAUUUGCUGUGCUGAGCUUCAGUUGAAAAAGAGACUUCAAUCAAAUACUUCAUCCACAGUGAAAUGAACAGGCAAACGUUGGUCAUUCCUACAAGAGACUAUUAUGCGAUAAACUGAAAAUGUACUUAAACAAGCUGCCCCCCCCCAAUCUAUCCAACCCAAAUUUUGGAUCCGCUACAUAGAUGACACCUUUGUCAAAACAGAACAAAUUAGAGGAAACAUACACCAUCAACAAUAUCCUGACAGGCAUAAA